GCACGAGUCAACCCAGCUGGUGUCGUCGCAUAUACCCGGUCGGCAUCUCGCGGCUACUCGAGCAUCACCGGACCGGUGCUCCAGCAUAAGUAUACACCUCGGUUGCGAGCUCUCCCCUCGGUCUCUGUCACCUCUACAUCACGCACCUUUGCAUCCAGCAGCACCACCAUGACCGCCUCGUCCUCCUCCAAACCCAACGCGCUCCUCUUCGGCCUCGGCUCCAUCGGCGGGGUGUACGCCUCCAUCCUUGCGCGUUCCGGCGCGGCCGACACGUCGGUCGUCGCGCGCUCAAACUACGCCGCGGUCAAGGACAAGGGGUUCGACCUGCAGUCGGAGAAGUUUGGCGACCACCAUCUUGUCUUUGACGGCGUGUACCGCGACACCAAGGAGGCGGCGGCGAGCGGCAAGGUCUUCGACUACGUGCUCUGCGCAAACAAGGCGCUCCUCGACGCCAAGCCCUCCCUCGCCGAGACGCUCGCGCCGGUGAUCACACCCAACGUGACGAGCAUUGUGCUGCUGCAGAACGGCGUGGGCGCCGAGGCGCCGCUGCACGCCGCGUUCCCCAACACGACCAUCAUCUCGGCCGUCGUGUGGACCGGCGCGAAAGUGCUGCCCGCGAGCGAGGCCGGCGUGCCCCGCGUGCAGCAGUUCGCGCGCGAGCAGCUGACUAUCGGUGUUGACGCCACCCCGGGCCUCGACGCUGCUGUUGAGCGCGCGCGGCUGGCUCGCCUGGUCGAGGUGCUCCAGAAGGGCGGGGGCACGUGUGAGGUCGUCGACGACAUCCAGAGCGCGCGCUGGAUCAAGGUGGUUUGGAACUGCGCGUGGAACACGCUCACGACCGUGACCCGCCUGCGCACGAACCACAUCUUCGGCUCGUCGCCCGGCGCGGCCGAGUUUGCCGUGCAGCUCAUGAGCGAGGUCGUCGCCGUCGCGCGCGCCAAGGGGCUCACGGUGCCCGAGGGCACGGAGCGCGACCUGCUCAAGCAGUGCCAGGCGGUCGGCGGGCCCGGGUUGCCCAGCUCGAUGAUGUUUGAUAAUGAGGCUGGAAGGCCCAUGGAGGUGGAGGUCAUCCUCGGCACGCCGGUGCGCGAGGGCCAGCGCCUCGGAGUCCCCGUCCCGAUCCUUACCACCCUCUACACCAUCAUCAAGGCGCUCGACUGGCGCAAUGCCAACCCAGAGACAGCGGCCGCUCCGGGCCCCUAGACUAGCGCUAGCUGUUAUCAAUUGCCGAUGUAUUUUUGGAUGUGC